AUCAUGGCGGCCAAUAUGGCGAGAAGAACUAGUCAGUGUAUUUUCCGCUCCUCGAGAAAGAUGUUCUCAUUUCCUAUGCGUCCUAGAAAUACAGAUCAAUUACGGAUGAGUAGUAUCAAUACUGAAGCUUUUGGAGCCCAGGAUAUUGUUGAUCAGCCUAAAAAAAGGAAACAAGUCAGGAGGAUGCAAUCUGUUAUAUGCAAGAAAAAUAGGCAUGAUCCUGCAAUGGAAAGAGCAGCCAGAGAAGGAUCUUUACUUGUUCCACUGGAAGCUGUUCAAAAGGAGUGGAAAUCAAAGAAUGAAUUUUCUACAACAACAAAGCUAGCCAGGCAUUAUGGCAUUUUUAAGCAUAUUUUCAAUGGAGAAGAGUUCACAGCAACAACUAGGAUGUCAGUAACAUUUGGAGAAACAGAUCAUGUGAUUCAUGGAAAUUUUUUGACACCAUCUCAGGCUACUAUUCAACCAACUGUCAGUUACACCUGUGAAGACGACAGCCUCUGGACAGUGAUAUUCACCAAUCCAGAUGGUAACUUGAUAGAGAGAGACACAGAAUUUUUACAUUGGAUGGUAGGAAAUAUUCCUGGCUCAAGAAUAAACGAUGGUGAUGUUCUUUGUGAUUAUCUUCCACCAGUGCCAGCCCAUGGGACAGGCUUUCAUAGAUUUGUUUUCUCUCUGCUCAAACAAACUGGCAAAUUGGAUUUAAGAAGUCAUGUCUGUAUAGAUGGAAGAGAUAUAUCCUGUCGCACAUUUUCUACAGCAAAGUUUAUAUCUGAUCAUAAGAACAACUUGACUCCAGCUGGACUGUGUUUCUUCCAAGCUACCUGGGAUGAGAGUGUUACUCAAACAUAUAUGGAAAAGUUAGGUAUGACAGAACCUGUGUUUAAGCCUAAAGAAUUCUUAACACCUGAACAAAUCAGGAAAAUUGUUAUCAGAGAAGUGUCUGAGAAGAAAUACAGGAAUAUGUGAAAUCAUUUACAAGGCUGGUGAACGAUGACCACAACUUGUAAAUAUCAUCUGUAAUAAAAAUGCUCUUCCUUCACACUGUUUCAAUGUAAAUAAAACAAUUCCUUAAACAUUGUUACAUGAAA